AUGGCCUCCUUCCUUCUGCUUCUGCUGCUGGCAGCUGGAGGGACCGUCACUGGCAUAGGUGACUAUUGUUUGGUAACACUGUGAAUUUUAAAGAUAAUUUUAUAUAUAUUCUGACCCAUCCCCAGGAUUUUGGGGUAGUUCCUUCAAAGAAUCCUGGGAACGGCAGACCCUCCAAGUGUCCCUAUUUUCCAGGGACAGUCCUGGAUUUACAGAAGCCGUCCCAUUUUAUGAUUUGAUUCCAGAAUGUUCCGAUUUUCCUUAGAAUGUCCCUAUUUUCAUCAGAGAAAUGUUGGAGGGUAUGGAGUUAUGCGACCCCUGAGCCAAGGAGAUAAGUAACUAUAUACAUCCUUUAGAAGACAUCUGAAGGCAGCCCUGUAUAGGGAAGAUUUUUUAAAUUUAGUAAUGUUUAAUGUUUUGUUGCAUUUUUAUAUGUGUUGGUAGCUGCCCAGAGUGGCCGGGGCAACCCAUUCAGAUGGGUGGGCUAUAAAUAAUAAUAAAAAUAUUAUUUUAAUUUUUAUUGUGGAAUGAGGCAUCCCUAUUUUAAUCAGAGAAAUGUUGGAGGGUAUGGAACUGUAUAUUUGCAAAGUGCUGGGGGUUGUAGCUCUGUGAGGGGGAAACUACAGUUCCCAUGAUUCUUUGGGGGAAAGACUCUGCUUUAAAAUGUGGCAUAUGUGUGUGGAGCAGUGCUUGGGAUUUUUUUUAGUUUAGAGGAAAAGCUGAGUAAGAGGCAGCAUGAUAGAAGUUUAUAAAAUUAGGCAGAAGAAAGUUUUUCUCCCUAGAAUUUGUGGACCUCGAACAAAGUUGAAUGUUGGAAGUUUGAUGCACCCUGAGAGAUGAUGACCAGGGUAGGCGGAAUGGAAGGAAUAAAUUUGAUUCAGUUCCUCUUUAAAGAUAAAUUUGCUCUUCCUGAAACAAUGCUUGAACCAAAACGCAUCCAUCCUUCAGAAUUCACACUUCUCCAAAUUUUGUAGUGUCAUUCUCCAACUGAAUAAAUGGUACGAAAAUGCAAGUACUGUGGUAAAAUAUGCAUAAAAUCUGCAUAGAUCCGUGAAGGAAAGAUACUUAAAACAUGCAUUCUAUCCCAUAUUGCUUUGUAAAAAGAAAAAGAAAGGUCAAAUUGCAUAAAAACAUGUAGAUUUGGAGAAAUUCAAACUUCAAUGCUACCAAAUUUUCAUGGCAAGUUGUUUUCUUUUUUAAAUCUGAUGUGGAAAUGUGGAGACUUGAAGAAGAGAAAAACGAGAAGUAGAACUUGAUAGAUUUGCCCAUCUCUAUUGGGGAGGGCAGGAUCACUGGUUGCUGCUUUGCCUCAGGCAGCAAACCACCUACCCUUUGCCCAGUUAACCAGGAGGACUUGGAAAUGGAACCAGACCAUACAUUUAAACUACUGUCAUAUCAUUUUAUAUAGUAACGGCUUUCCCCCAGAGAAUUCUGUGAGCUGUAGUUUGUGAAGAAUGCUGAGAGUUUAUUAUCUAUUUACUUUGUCUCUAUCCCACCUUGCCUCUCUGAGGAGCUGAAGUACGUGGGUCUCCCUCUCCCCAGUUAAUCCCCACAACAACCCUGUGAGGUAGAUUGGGCUGAGAGGCAGUGACUGCCCCAUACCCCCAGGUUGCCCAGUGAGCUUCAUGGCCGUUUGGGGGAAGGGGGCGGAUUUGAACCCUUGUCUCCGAGAUCUUAGUCAGAGACUCUACCCAAUAAACCACACUGGCUGUUUAACAAACACUCCACCUCUUUCCCCUGGCAGAGCUACAAUUCCCAGAGUGGCUUAACAGGCAAGAGGGAACUCCUGGAAUUUUAGCUCUUUGACUGGGGUGGGGGGAAUAAGGACCUCCUAACAACUCCUUUUUUAAAUUAUAAUUUUUAUUGGUAUUUUCAUUUUCAAAAAACACCAUGUGAUUUUACAUAUCUUUACAUUACCUAUAUUCUCGAGUCAACGACUUCGCCCCAUCCCACCCAACUGACUUUCUAACUUCCAAUUAUAAUUUCAUCCGCAUUUCUCAUUCCCCACAUCUACCUUUCCUUUUACUUUAAGACUCCUUAUCAUUGUAAAUAAGUUUCUAAUUUUAACUGACAAACCUUUAAGCCAGUCCUGUUAGUGUUGUUAAACAUUUACAAUGUUCUUUCAAAUAAAUAAUAAAUUUACUCCAGUCUUUUUCAAAUUCUUGGUCUCUCUGGUCUCGGAUUUUCACGUACAGUCUUGCCAUCUCUGUAUAUUCGAUCAUCUUGUUCUGCCAUUCUUCGACUGUCGGAGUUUCUUGCUGUUUCCACUUCUGGGCUAAAAGAAUCCUUGCCACUGUUGUUGCGUAUAAGAAUAUAGUAUGGUCUUUCUUAGGGAUCUCUUCUCCUAAAAUACCUAACGAGAAAUAUGGAAUAUGUUCUUAAACACUUUCUUAAGUUCAUUAUAGAUCAUGUCCCAGUAUGCUUUCAAAACCUUAGGGCAAGUCCACCACAUAUGGUGAAAGUUAUCUUCUUUUUCUUUGCAUUUCCAACAUAAAUUAUCAGAUGUUCUAUACAUUUUUUGCGAAUUUAGUUGGCGUCAAAUACCAUCUAUACAUCAUUUUCCAUAUACAGUGGUACCUCGGGUUAAGUACUUCAUUCGUUCUGGAGGUCCGUUCUUAACCUGAAACUGUUCUUAACCUGAAGCACCACUUUAGCUAAUGGGGCUUCCUGCUGCUACCGCACGAUUUCUGUUCUCAUCCUGAAGCAAAGUUCUUAACCCAAGGUGAUAUUUCUGGGUUAGCGGAGUCUGUAACCUGAAGUGUAUGUAACCUGAGGUACCAUUAUAUUCGUCUCCUAACAACUCUCAGUGCCCUUAACAAACUACAGCUCCCAGGAUUCUUUGGGGGAAGCCAUGUCUGUUUAAAGUAGUAUUGUAUAGUGUGAAUGUGGUCCAGGUUUUCUUGAAAAUCCAUCUUCUAAGAUCACUGGAGAGAGGAAGGAUCGUACCAUGGGGGGCUCCCAUUCUGAGGGGUACAGUUGGCACCUAUGCCAGGGUGUCUUGCAUCUCAGAGGUAUCCAGAGCUGUUGGAGAAACACUAGAUUACAUGGCCAUUUGGGGGGCACAGAAGGAGUUGGGGGGAGGUGCCUGGUUGAUCUGUCCAGAAAAAAGAGGAGCUUGUCUUGUGUAAAUUUAUACAUGGGAUUAUUGGAUAAAGGCCCCAUUCCCACCAUAUGUUCAAAGCACUAUAAUACCACUAUGGGAUCCGUGGUUUGUUGAGGGUGCUGAGAUAUGUCAGGAGACCCUUAAUUCCUUCAAAGAACCACGAUUCCUAGAGUGUUUUAACAAUCCUGCUUCGCAGGGAACUCUGGGAAUUGUAGCUGUGGGAGGGGAAUGGGGGGGUCUCCUAACAACUAUCAUCACCUUUAAGAAGCAACAGAUCCCAUAAUUAUUUGGGGGAAGUUAGUAGUUUGUUUAAACUUUAAAGGUGGGCUUAGACACAGUCGUGGAGGAUAAAGAUAACAAUGGCUACUAGUUGUGAUGACAAUGUCUUCUCUCCACGGUCAAGGCAGUAUGCCCCUGGUCCUGAUUGGGGGAUUAUUUACUUAUUUAUUUAUUUAUUCCAUCUGCCUCCCACUUUCCCUGCAAGGAGCUCAAGGCAGCAAGGAAAGCCCGCGUGGUGUAACAGUAGGAGUGUUGGAUCAGCCCCUGGGAGACCAGGGUUCGAAUCCCCACUCAGCAAUGAGGAAGCUCACUGGGUGAACUUGGGCCAGUCACUAGUGAUUUUUUUUCUGGGGAUACACAGAUUCACAAAAUGUUUUUGUACUUUUGUCCAUUUACUGUAUUUAUUUUCCCCGAUCUGAACCAUAAAAUGGUGGUUUUCUUUGAGUCAAAAUGAGAGUAACCCUAAACAUUUUUUUAAGGGAGGGAAAAAAGCCCUGCCAGUCAACAUUCCUCAGCCUAAUCUACUUCACAUGGUUUCUCUGAGGAUAAAAUGGGGGAAUCAUGUACACCACCUUGAGCUCCUUGAAGGAGGAGGUGCCGCAUAAAUGUACAGUGGUACCUCGGGUUACAGACGCUUCAGGUUACAAACACUUCAGGUUACAGACUCCGCUAACCCAGAAAUAGUACCUCAGGUUAAGAACUUUGCUUCAGGAUGAGAACAGAAAUCGUGCUGCGGCGGUGCAGCGGCAGCUGAAGGCCCCAUUAGCUAAAGUGGUGCUUCAGGUUAAGAACAGUUUCAGGUUAAGAACGGACCUCUGGAACGAAUUAAGUUCUUAACCCGAGGUACCACUGUAAUCAAUCAAUAAAUGCAUGGUUCUCUCUCUCUCUCUGUUUUAUCCUCACAUCAACCCUGGAAGGUAGGUUAGGUCGAGAGACAGUAACUGGCCCAAGGCCACGCAGUGAGCUUCGUCAUGGCCGAGUGGGGGUUCGACCCCUGGUCUCCCCAGGCCCUAAGUCUCAGUGCUCUAACCACUAGAUCACACUGCCUCACUUCCCUUUGGAGUGUCUGGCUGGCUGCUGUGAGAACUGGAUGCCUGGCCCCCUUUGGCCCGAUGCAGCUGCAGGCGUCUCCUGAUGCCCUUCUGAUGGCGUCUGUUUGUGUACCUCACAGUUUUCUGCAUCUGGGAGUAGGAACCCACUGAAUCUCCCUGUGUAUUUUCAGAGACGAUCUCCUACACCCCUUCUGUCUCCAACAAGCCAUUGGAAGGGAAAACCACUCAAAGCACCUUCGCCCUGACGCUACCCCACUGCAUUUUUGACCGAUUUGCCAAUGCCUCGGACAGUAUCUGGCUGGUGGUCACGUACGCAAACGGUGAGUCUGCGGUGAGCUUUUUGUAGAGCCCACCAAAAUCUGGACAAUGGGGUUAGAGGGGGGUGGGGUCUCAAUUUAAACCCUUGUCAACUCAAAACUACCUGCAACUUUUACUUUUCUAUUUCCCAGUUUUAAUUUUUGACAUCUCUCCCAGUCUGAGUUGCUGCAGCACUCAGAUAUUUUAGCAAGCCAGGGUUGUAGAUAAGUAGAAAUGGCAUGUUGGCAGUUAAUGUAACCACCUUAAAAGCAGGGCUGCAAGCUUUCAGCAAUAAAUAAAUCAACUUGAAGCAGCAAGAAAAGACAGACAGCUUAAUUUAGGUUACAAAAUGGUAAAUGUUUCUAAAUUUUAUGUCUAAGCUAAACAAGCUAUAGCUUAGGGAGUGCCCCCUCCCAAUUUUAAUAUUAAUAUACUUUUUCUUAAUUGUAUUUCAGUUCAACAAUUACUUUGAUAAAAUACAUAUUUUGUUAUGUGCAAAUUGCUUUAGAUACCUAUUAGGUCUAUAAAUUACCAUAUACCAUACAGAAAGCAGCUGCAAUUUGUUGUUGACAAAGGACAGCUGGACAUAUAAAGGGCCCCAUUACCUUCAGCAGAGGGACACGGGUGGCGCUGUGGGUUAAACCACAGAGCCUAGGACUUGCCGAUCCGAAGGUCGGCGGUUCGAAUCCCCGCAAUGGGGUGAGCUCCCGUUGCUCAGUCCCUGCUCCUGCCAACCUAGCAGUUCGAAAGCACGUCAAAGUGCAAGUAGAUAAAUAGGUACCGCUCCAGCAGGAAGAUAAACGGCGUUUCCGUGCGCUGCUCUGAUUUGCCAGAAGUGGCUUAGUCAUGCUGGCCACAUGACCUGGAAGCUGUACACCAGCUCCCUCGGCCAAUGAAGCGAGAUGAGUGCCGCAACCCUAGAGUCGGCCACGACUGGACCUAAUGGUCAGGGGUCCCUUUACCUUUACCUUACCUUCAGUAGCUUACGGCCUCAUCAAACCUAAAUCUGGUCCUGAUAGAAACACAAAGAUGGCUUGCUAAAAACAUGCAGUCUGGGUUUGGAGCAACCAGCCUAAGCAUCCUUACUGGUUGGUUCACAUGGGGGAAAGGUUUAAGAAGAGUUUGGUAGUCCUUUCUCCCAAGGUGAUGGGGUGUGACCUCGCUAAGCCUGGCAGGACAGCUUACUCUAUGAUAUUAACCCCUUAGUGCAUUAAUUAGGUUAAGCAUGUUGGUUAUAUGAGGCUGGAAGUAUUCUACAAGCAGAGGGGGCUGUCUUGGUCCUUACAGAAAUAUUCCUUCACCAGCAAAAUGUUUCAUUCCUGCCCCCGCUAUGCCUCCUCCACCCAACAGCCACAGCCAGAUUCAAGAACCCCAAAACACCUCAAGAGAUCCCGCCAUACGAAGCUCUGUUCACCUCUCACGGCUACAUGACCAUGAAGUCCACCCCCGCCCAGUACUGCAAAGCCAGUAAUCCCAAUACCGUCCUCCGGGUAGGAGGUGAAUCGUCUUGCAAGAACGACGACACCCAGACCAGCUGCAAUGGGCCGCUGCCUUCUCCUGCUUCUUUCAGGUAACAAUUCAUCAGCUGACUUGAUGCAGAGCAGAGGAGCUGAAUUUGCAUGGGAAACUCAGGCAGAGACCCUUAGCCAAUUCAACUAUUAUUGUUGUUGCUUGCCACCCCAAUCUCUGAGUGAUGCGAGAUUCCAGGGGUUCCAGGCGCUUCCCCAGGGAUCAUGUUCCCUUUUGGAAAUGUGGCACUGCGGAGUCCGUGGUGUCUUUAGGGUAUAAUAGUUUAUUGACACAUAUAUACAACCUGAGCCUACGAUGGAGGGGCUCACAGCAUUAAUACUCCAAUGGGGCCUUGCUUCCCGUAUGGACGCAGCCCUGGAUUCAGACAGAAACCAAACAUCUCUCUCUCUCUCUUUCUUUCUCUCUGUCUUCCCAGUUUGCUGCUUUGCCUCUAGCUCACAUCACUGCAUCUCUCUGCUCGCAACUCUCGCUCUGUCUUUCUAACUACCUGGAGUUGAGGGAGGGGCUUCACCCACUGGCCAUCUCACACAGAGCCCCUUUCCUUUGUUCCCUUUAAUGGCUCAUCACCCAGGCUAUCACUUCCACCAGAAGGCUAGCCUGGCUCUUCCAAUAAUUAGAAGUCUGAUUAAUUUCUAACACUCGCUGGAUCCAGGGAUUGGAAGGGUCUCGGCAUACAACCUAACACCUCAAACUCUUAACAUUAUUAUUAUUAUUAUUAUUAUUAUUAUUAUCCCGUCUUUCCCUCAAACCAGGGCUCAAGGCAGCUUACGCAAAUUAAAGCAACACCGAUAAAAUAUAGAAAGCUCCAAGACAAUCAUUAAAAAGUAAUUAAACUAUAAUAAAAUUAAAACAUGGCUUCCAGAGAUGUCUGAAAACGCCACACACCCCUCUUAGAAAUGAAGCGACUGUGUCGUCAGUCCUGGCUUGUUUGAAGCCUGAGGCACCUUGAGUUUCUGAUGGCUCAGAACCAUCCCUCUACCCAAACAUCCAUGGCAGGGCAGAUCUGUUCAGCCAGAAAUUCCACAUUGCACUCCACGUGAGUUGACAUUUCUGAGGGACUGGAACGAGGCCUCAGGCGAAGGAGCUUAUUAUGGGUGCAGUCAGGGCCAGCCAGUCUCCUAUUUUAAACACAGGCCUGGAAGAUACAGUAAAGGCCUCCGCCCUGCGAUCAGGUGAGAGUCUCCCUUGCAGAGAAAGUUUAGAUUGACAUUUAUUGAGCAAGUUGGAGCUUCCUGAUUAGAAUGGGAGUGGAGACGCUCCUUCAGGUAUACUGGGACGAGGCCAUUUAGGGCUUUAAAGGUCAGCACCAACACUUCGAAUUGUGCUUGGAAACAUACUGGGAGCCUAUAACACCAGUCUUUCAGGACCAGUGUUAUAUGGUCUCGGCGGCUGCUCCCAGUCACCAGUCUAGCUGCUGCAUUCUGGAUUAAUUGCAGUUUCCAGGUAACCUUCAAAGGUAGCCCCACAUAGAGCACGUUGCAGUAGUCCAAACAGGAGAUAACUAGAGCAUGCACUACUCUGGUGAAACAGUCUGCGGGCAGGGAGGGUCUUAGCUUGCCUACUGGUAGACAGCUGCCCUGGACACAGAAUUGCGCCUCCAUGAACAGCUGUGAGUCCAAAAUGACUCCCAGGCUGCACACCUGGUCCUUCAGGGGCACAAUUACCCCAUUCAGGACCAGGGAGUCCUCCACACCUGCCUGCCUCCUGUCCCCCAAUAACAGUGUUUCUGCUUGUCAGGAUUCAGCCUCAAUCUGUUAGCUGCCAUCCAUCCUCCAACCGCCUCCAGACACUCACACAGGACCUUCACUGCCCUCACUGGUUCUGAUUUGAAGGAGAGCUAGAGCUGGGUAUCAUCCACAUACUGAUGGACAUCCAGCCCAAACCCCCUGAUGAUCUCUCCCAGCGGCUUCAUGUAGAUGUUAAAAACAGACAGAACCCUGAGGCACCCCACAAGUGAGAGUCCAGGGGUCUGAACACUCAUCCCCCCAACACCACUUUCUGGACACGGCCCAGGAGGAAGGAGCGGAACCACUGUAUAACAGUGCCCCCAGCUCCCAGCCCCUCUAGACGAUCCAGAAGGAUGUCAUGGUCAAUGGUAUCAAAGGCCGCUGAGAGAUCCAGCAGGACUAGGAAACAGCUUUCACCUUUUUCCCUAGCCCGCCAGAGAUCAUCGACCAGUGCAACCAAGGCUGUUUCAGUCCCAUGGUGAGGCCUGAAUCCCGACUGGAAGGGAUCAAAAUGGUCCGCAUCCUCCAGGGUGCUUGGAGUUGUUCAGCAACCACCAGGUCAAUCACCUUCCCAAGAAUGGAAGAUUUGAGACUGGGUGAUAGUUGGCCAUAUUGGCCGGGUCCAAAUAUGUUUUUUUUUAAAGAAGCAGUUUAAUAACUGCCUCUUUCAGCAGGUCUGGGAAGGCUCCCUCACUGAGCGAAGCAUUCACCACCCCCUGGAGCCCAUCGCCCAGCCCUUCCUGGCUCGCUUUUAUAAGCCAGGAUGGACAAGGAUCAAGGAGACAGGUGGUUAGUUUCACUCAUCCAAGCAGCCUGUCCACAACCUCAGAGGUAACAGAUUGGAAUUGAUCCCACACAACUUGACUGGACAGGGCUCUAGCACUCUCCCGCCCCAGCCCUGCUCCCACGGUGGAGUCUACCUCUUUCUGAAUCUGAGCGACUUUAUCUGCAAAGAACUUUGCAAAAUCAUUGCAGGAGAUCUUGGGGUCGUCACCAGGCCCCAAUGGCGAAGGUGGUUCCAUGAGAUUGGGUUCAGUUUACAUUGAAAGGUGAACCCACAUAAUUAUUUCCAAAAGAACAUGCAAACUAAAAAAAUUCCAGCCAUCCUCUGAAAUUUGCACUUUUCUGGUUAAGUUAUGCAUACACAAAUGCAUAUACUGGGGUAAAACAUGCAGAAGAAUGAGUAUAUUAGCAAAAAUAACAUACACCAAUGCUUUAUAUUAGGGGAAAUAUAAAUAGUAGGGGGAAUACAUCUUGCAAAGAAUGUGUAUAUUAAGCAAGACUGCAUACGAACCUGUGUUUAUUAGGGGAAAUGCAAGUGAAUUUUCCUAAGGCAGGGUGAUAUGGAAAUGUGAAAAGCCAAAUUCAAGGCUGGGAAAACGAGAGACAGAGAGAAACCAAGGCUAGAUUUGUUCCAAUAAAGUUUAGUAAGACAUCCCUGAUAUUUCCACUUACCCACCUCUGUCUCUUUUUAAAUUCCUCCUCAGAGUGAAAUUCCUUAUCAUGGAUUCCAAAGGACCGAAAGCUGAAACAAAGUGGUCCGCUCCAAUUCCAUUGAAAGGAGGUAUGUUAUAAAAGAAAGAGGCUCGCAGAGAAGAUAUGGGCUGCUCAAUGUGAUUUGCCACCUGAGGUAAAGGGCAACAUGGCGCCCUGUCACCAUAAGCUGACCAAGCGGGCAGGGUAACUGGCAGAGUCCUCACAAAGGCACCUGAGUCAGACCAUCUAUCUCAAUAUUGUUUACACUGACUGGCAGCUGCUCCCCAGAAUUUCAGGCAACUGAGGAACCGAUAAGAAAAUUGCCUCCUUUUGUUAUCCCUUUCAGGUGAAGCGUGGGAGACAGUGGAUACCUGGCCUGGACGUCGCAGUGGAGACAUGAUCGUCAUCACCACUAUUCUCUCUGCCCUUUGUGGGGUUGUCACCAUUGGCUUCCUAAGCACCGUCAGCUAUGAAUGGUAAGACUUUGCUGCCUGGCAUCCUAGAUUUGAGAGAAGCCGGCAAGCUUAGUGGGGUACUGGAGGGGGAUUGUGGUAGAGGGCAAGUCCCGGGUUUUACCCCAGUGAGGCCUUCUGCUAAAACACCAAAGUGAUCAACAGGCCCUCCCUGCUCCUCUCAUAACGGGACUUUCAGGUUUGUUAGCACAGAGGGAGUCGGAGGAUGAGGAAAACCAUCCAACCCACAGGCUAGGUACGUUUUCCCUUUCCUUUGAUGGGAUUCCUGAUUCAGGCUAGCAGUUCAAACAGCAGCUGUGUCACAUUUUGCUAAAGCUCAGCGUUUUCUUACAAGCAGUACUGAGUUGCACUUGCAUUGCUUUGCAUGUAAACCGCUGGUAGAUCUGUGCUUAUAUUAAGAGAGCCAGUGUGGUGUAGUGGUUAAAAGCGGUAGACUCGUAAUCUGGUGAACUGGGUUCACUUCCCCACUCCUCCACAUGCAGCUGCUGGGUGACCUUGGGCCAGUCACACUUCUCUGAAGUCUCUCAGCCCCACUCACCUCACAGAGUGUUUGUUGUGGGGGAGGAAGGGAAAGGAGAUUGUGAGCCGCUUUGAGACUCCUUAGGGUAGUGAUAAAGCGGGAUAUCAAAUCCAAACUCUUCUUCUCCUUCUUAAGUGGGAUAUUUCAAAAUAUAUUUAAAAAAUGAACGAACGCAUGCUGUCAGAUGUAAGCACCACUGAGUUGCAAGGCUAAGGUCAAACCUCCAUGGGAGAGCAUCUGUUUCGCAGGCAGAAGAUCCCAGGUUUGAGCCCCAGCGCCUCCGGUUUGGGCUUGGAGAGGCUCCCUGCCUGAAUUCCCUGGGAGCCACUGCCAGUCCGUGUAGACAGUACUGAGCUAAAUGGAGCAGUGAUCUGACUCAGUAUAAGAAGGCAGUCAUUCCCAGCUUUCCUCCGACAUUCAUGCUCUGUGCUCUCUCUCUCUCUCCAGCUUCAAGCUUUGCCGCCCAGGCCCACCGGAAAACCAAGAGGAGCCCCCGCGCCAAGACCCCUUCCAAGGCAGCCGCUAUGAUACGCACCACAUCCCUCCUGCCCCUCCUGCGCCUCCCCCUCCCCCUGCCAUGGACAUGCCAAGCCCCCACCACCUCAGCCCUGCUUCCUAGAGCCCCC